UACCUUUGCUUUCGCAGCGAGCGCUAGCCACGCUAGUAUGUCGCUUUGCAUUCACCUUCACUUGGACGGCAUGAUACUGGAAUUGUGAGAUCAAUGAAUAAUAGUCUUGGCUGCUUGCUGCGAUGAUAUCGCCAACACCGACUUCUCUGGAUAUGCACAGCAGCGUACGCAUGUCUUGACUCGGUCGCUCAUUGCAAGAUUCCUACUACCAUAUCACUGUUGACAGUGAGACUUCAAAGUCAGUUUGACGACAGGCCGCGCUCAUAAACGAAGGUGACGGGCGAUUGAAAUCGCAGGUCACUGCCGCAUUCACUGUCGUAGAUAGGUAUAAGGAUUAUGCUCAUGCGCAGCUAUCUCACGUCCCUACAGCAACGCUCCAUUGACAGCAACUCUGUCAAAAAGCGCGACAUGGAGCAGAAGCAGCCACAAAUAUCUCGGAGGUCUGGCUCUUUCAAUCCAGAGGCACCAACUUUCAGUCCGACGACCGCCGAGACUAGCAUGUUCACUGGGCCUGCAGGACCAACUCCUCCCACCAGUCCGCGACAGAAAGCAAAGAUGUCAGAUACGUUCGACGAAGACUCGCCUUUUCGCCCUGCUAGAGACAUGCGACCGAACUAUCAAGGCUACGAAGAGGUCAACGCUGUAUGGAUGCAGAGGAAGUUACCGGAUCAGAAGGAUAUGCCACUGAACUCUUUGCAAGAAAUGCUACAAGAUCACCAUAUCGCCUUGAAUCAAGAUCGACCUAGUGCAGACUUUCGCAGCAAUUUUUCCGAGGAUUCCUCGAACUUUGCCAUGGCAUACACUGCAAAUAGCCCCUUCUUUACGCGGCGACUCCGUUCAGACUCUAACGCCCCAGGCGUCGACGAGCUGAGUGCGGGACUUGGUCUACCCAGCAUCCAGAAGAGAGGCACCAACGUGGACUCACCAGCCCGCUCUCACAAGUCACGCGGCUCUGAAGUUUUGCCUCAAGAUCUCUUUGGUAAGCUCAUAGGGCGGGCGCUGGACAAGCCGUUGACCGCUAACGCCUUAGCCCAAUAUAUGGACGGCAAGAGUGUACUCUUAAACGACGUCUUUAACACGCCUCGGGGCCUCAAGGGCGAUGGUCGUGAUAUGUAUUCGGGAGAACGUGCAGGUGUUGAGCGUCAACUUACGAGACUAGUGCCUCCGCCUCCUGGCUUUACUGGAGAACGCCCUCGCAGGAUCUUCGCAGAGGAGCAUAGCUCAGUCAACCCAGUGGCUACGGAGUCCCUAGUUCGGCAAAUACCCACUGGUCCUGCAGGACUUAGACAACUGCGAAGAAUUAGUGAUCUCAAUUCCAUCAACCAUGCGCAAUACCAUGGCCAUAUACGUGGACCGUCUAGGCAUUACCGUCCAAGAGCACUUCCCCGUAUCAAGCGCACCGAUCAAGGUCCCGAGCCUUCAGAUGCCGAUAUAUACCCCGAUGAUGCGAAUUUCAUACCCCGACGUCCACCGUAUCAGCCCGAGUCUGUAGGUUCCCUACCCAGCUACAUAAUGGAUAUGCCAUCAACAAGGCAGGUCCAUGCAGAAGACGUUAUGGUUUGGCCCACCCCAGCAGAAGUUUACAGGCAGAAACUCGGCAGUCCACCCAGACGUAGUGUUUUCGCUCGCAACGCUCCGCUCACGCAGAAUGGCACGCCGGAGCGUUGGUCUCCUCCCGCUACAUCGUCUAUGUCACAGUACAUGCUGCAGUUCGGAGAGCCCUCCCAUCCCCUUGCUUUGAGGUUUUCUCCUCCUGCCCCAUCUCCUUCGCCUCCCUUCGACAUCUUCGCAGGCCACUAUCCUCCCACAUACGCUGACAUUCACGAAACUGACGCAGAGAUGGAGUGCCUCCUCGCUAUUCUUCCCGAUAUCUUCGACCUCGAUCUACCUGAGCUGCCCUGCGACGAGCGCCCUCUUACACCCGGUCAGACAGACGGGAGUCGGUACGGUAUGCAGUUUCAUGGCAUUGGACUAGGCGAUCGCUGGAAUUGUCCUAGUGUGCGAGAGGGUGAGCCGUUCCGAGUACGUCCCCGCGAUCAUGAUGGUUGGGGUGGAUGGCAGUGGGCUAUCGACAAGGGAUGGGGAAAUGAGUAAGCUAUCACUGAAACCGUUCCUGAUCCCGUCUGAACUGACACUAUAUCGGGGUGCGCUACCUAGGCGAUAAGUAAGCGAUGUGGCUCACCUGGGCUGGCAGAGAAGUCUGAGCUCCUUGGAAUAUCGUUGAAGGCUUCUUGAAUAUGGCCUUGAUGGGGGAACGGUGGACGACCAAACGAUGUUGCUGCUGAGUCUGUAUCGUCGCUAUCCGUAGAACUCGAAGCUUAUAUAUGACCAUGGAGACGAACAAGAGAUUGUAGGUCGUCAUGGGCUG